UUUAAUUAGUGCCGUGUAGAUCGACAUAGAAGUCGGUGGCUUGCUCGACCGUUCCACUGAAAUCCUAGCUCCACCUCCACCUCCACCUCCACAGCUUCCGUUUAUCGUCUCUUUCCACUUAUACUUCUCUGUUUUUCAAUCCUCCUUUUGACUGCAUGUGUGCUUUCCACAAAACCUUGAUAAAUCCUUGAUCCAGCUCUUGAAGAUCUAGUUUAUAGGGUUCGAGGGGAAAGGAGAUAGCAUCUUUUGAUGUAUGGCGUCGGGCCCUCUGUUGAACGGCGGCUGCGAUGGCUCCCUUGAGAAGCGGCGGUGGGUGGAGAGCAUGGUUUACACCCGAAAAAUCCACAACAAAGGCACUAAGACCAGCACAAAUCAAAACCCUCAGCCUCCUGUAAUCCAGCCCCCUGCUUCCUCGCAAACCCUAGUCACCACCACCGAUGACGUCAAUUCUUCCUUGCAGCAGCCCCACCCCACUCGUCAGGAGAAUCACCGGUCAUCGGCACCUCACCAAUCGACUACUGCCUCCGACGAAGACGCCUGUAGCCUUAACCACAAGCCCAGUGCCAAUCACGACAUCUCCAAUGGACAGAACCGGCUUGUAACUAUCAAUCUCGCUUCCCUGACAAAGCAUGAAUUCCGGGAGCUGCGCAGGAAGCUAAAUUACGAGCUUCAGCUGGUGCGUUCCCUUGCUAGGAAACUCGAGGCCCGGAAGCUCCAGUUUUUCGCUUACGGUGCAGGUAAGGCCGCCUCAGCCACUGGGCGCAGCUCUGCCAAUGAUGUCGGAGCUUCUUUUCCCACUAAAAGAGCUCUGGAAGUCUCAGAGACUGUUUCGGUUGCUGCCCCAACUCAAUCAUUACGCCCCCAAUUAAGUGUCUCAGUUCCAGCUGGAGCUGGUGGUGAUAAUGGAUUUCGUGACACUAUGGAGAAGGAGAAGCGAACUCCAAAGGCCAAUCAGUACUAUAAGAAUACAGAUUUUCUUCUUGGGAAGGACAAGUUCCCAUCACAGGAGUAUCACAAGAAGUCCAAGGCGAAUGGUAACAAGAAUGGCAUGCAGUCUGUGGACAGAAAAUUUUAUGAGCAGGCCUUUAAGAAGUGCGGGGUACUGCUUUCGAAGCUUAUGAAGCACAACCAUGGCUGGGUUUUUAACAAUCCUGUUGAUGCCGAUUUUCUUGGCCUCACAGAUUAUCAUAAAAUUAUCAAACAUCCAAUGGACCUUGGUACUGUGAAGUCCCGGUUGAGCAAAAAUUGGUACAAGACUCCUAGGGAGUUUGCUGAGGAUGUGAGACUCACCUUCUGCAACGCAAUGACUUAUAAUCCAAAGGGGCAGGAUGUUCAUAUCUUGGCUGAGCAACUUUUGCAGAUAUUUGAGGAACGGUGGCCUGUAAUAGAGGCUGACCUAGCUUACUUUCAUUAUCCUCCAUCACUGAACAGGCCUCCACCUGUUGACAUGAGGAAGACUCUAGAGAGGUCAGAUUCAACUGUUCAUCACACGGGUGUAGAUUUAAAAAAGAAAAUGAUGAAUCACUUAACAGACAUUGGGCUACCUCCAGCAUCGAAAAAGCCUAAGGCUAAGGAUCCAAAUAAACGGGACAUGACCUUUGAUGAGAAGCAGAGGCUGAGCGAUAACCUGCAAAAACUUCCGUCUGAAAAGUUGGAUAUAGUUGUGCAGAUAAUUAGGAAAAGGAACUUCUCAGUAAGCCAACAUGAUGAUGAGAUUGAGGUGGACAUUGACAGUGUGGACAUUGAGACUCUUUGGGAGCUUGAUAGGUUUGUAACCAACUAUAAAAAGAGUCUGAGCAAGAAUAAAAGGAAGGCAGCACUUGCCAUUCUUGCAAGGGCAGAAUACGAGCAGCAUGCCCAAGACAUGGAUCAAAGAAUGAUGUCUGAUGCUGCUCUUCCAGAGUCACUGAAGGAAAGUAAAACAGGCCCAGUUUCUAAAGGCAUUGCUUCAUCAACAGGUGGAGCAAUUGUGGAGAUUGAAAGUAGAUCAAGUAGUUCAAGUAGCUCCAGCAGUGAUUCUGGUUCAACGUCCAGUGAUUCAGAUAGCGACAGUUCUUCUGGGUUUGAAUCUGAUGUUGCACAGUAACCUGGAGCAUAAAAUAAUGUAAUGCAGAUGUAUCAUAGGAGAUGACGAAGUAGGGAUUGCAGAUCUUUAUGAAUAUUGACACUUGGUUUGAGUUCUGUGUUCGGGAUCAGAUGCUAAUUUCUUAACUGCGCUUGCUGGUUUGCUUCUGAUGUAUUAAAUUUCGCUGCUGCUGACACGAUGUACAUUUAGGAUCUGAGUAGUUGAUUCGUGGGUCUGCUUCUACUUAUUAGAUGUAGGUUUUUUGUUUUGUAUAUUUUUUGUGCUGCUCUCCGGUUAUUAUCUUUUGGAUUUAAGAUGCAUGGAGGGCAAGCCUGUUGAACGUCCAAAUUUUUUUCACUUUUAUAGUUUUCCCAUUUAUGUUUAUUGCGAAACAACGAAAGCUACUUUUUUGUGUGUUUUUGUUAAAUUCAAAAAAACGUUGGGCGAUAAGGCAAUUAUGCAAGAUUUAUUGUAA